AUGGGGUUUGUACACCACGGUUUAGAUCUCUUCAACUAUGACCAGAAGGUCUGUUCCAAGCAAGUUCUUAUCACGGGGAAUGACACUCCGUCAAACAUUGAGUAUGAUGAAUAUGUCGUUUAUAAACGAGAUGGUUCUGAGCCUGCGCCUGAACCUGCACCUGAGAGUUUGAAUCAUGCUUGGGGACAUCAUGAUGAACAUAUCACUCACCAUUUUACCCGCGAUGAUACCCCGGGAACUACAAUCUUUGAUCUAGCAUUCCGCCAAGGACAUAUGCUUGAUCGUGAAGGUACUUUUCGAAAGCCAGAUGACGAUGAAGCACCAUCAGCUGGCAUGGAAGGUCGAAUUCGCAGAGUCAUCUGUUUCAAACGCAAGACAGGCAUCUACGAUGGCAACCGCGAGAUUCUCAGCAUGACAGUUGACGAUCUUGCCGCCAUGAACCUUCACCCUGCCACUCUGCAAUACUCAACCCGUACUACAACAGAAUCUAGAUUCUGGUCCAAAGAUAGGUCUCAGCUGAGCAUUAUUCUCGCUUUCUCAGAAAUGCCAAAGACGCCCUGCGACUUCCUCUCCAUGACAUACGAUGUUCGUGAUCGCUCUGCAACCAUCCUGGUCCGACAAUCUUGGGAGCCAAGACGUCACAACAUGGACGAUCUCGACGAGUACGACCACCGUCUCGAGUCAUGCAGAACCCAUUGGGCACACCCUCUCAUCAUGCCUGUCGUGUUACUCCAAGUACAGUUCUUGCGGUGCGAGGAAGCUGUCAGCGAGAACAACUCCAACGUAGCUCAUCUGGAAUACGAUGUUAGCAACAUUGCGGGUUUCGAUGCAGCAGAGUUCGGGAGACGUCUGAGCCGAACCUUUAGUAAUGGAAAGGAUGGCGAGAGAAUUACAUGGGGCCCGUCGACUAUGACAAAGCUAAUGAAGAGGGCGCACGAGGUUCUCAAAGAUACUAUCAAGCUUCUUGAUACUAUUCGAUGGAUGGAAAGAGCUAUCAAGGUCUUGAUUCUAGCUGGUGAUGAACUCAAUGAACGAAUGGGGAACAGCUUGUGCUUUAGUCAGGAUCUUAGCAUGUUAAGUCCUAAUUACUUGGACCCAUCAGGUGGAUUUCCUCCAGUCAGUCCUGUUCUGCCACCUCGAGAUCUUCCUAAACUUCAGCUCCCUGAAGAGAUCACGGAUGGCGACUCCCUGGGCCCUCAUUGGCAUGAAAUUCGCCAGUACCUCGAUGGUCUGCUUAGACUCUGCAUGGGUCUUGAGACUGAUAGACGUAUGUCAGAGGCUAGAUGCCGUGCCCAAAUCGACAUGAUCUACAGUAAGAUGGCUCAGGAAGACAACAUCCUCAACGCUCGAAUGGCCGUAUCAUCCUCCCGUGACAGUUCCUCCAUGAAAGCUUUAGCCGUCAUAACCGCCAUCUUUCUCCCCGGAGAGUUUCUAGGUACCCUCUUCGGCAUGUCAAUGUUCGACUGGCUUGGUCCAGAGGCAGAAGACGAUGCCAUCGAUGAUGCUGCAGGAGUCACGAUCCAAGGGGUGAAAGUCAAGCGCUUCGGUGAAAAUUUUUGGUACUACUGGGCCACUGCCGUGCCCCUGACCAUAAUGAUCCUCGUCUUAUGGCGGGCCUGGUGGGUUAACCAGGACCGUUACUUCCGAAGACACUUGUCCCAGGAGCUCAGCGAGGAGAGAUACUGGACCGCUGAUGGCAAGCCUCGACAGCUGGAGCGUAGCUUCCUUUGGGACUUCUUUUAUCUUUCUGCGAGGAGGGAUGAGAAGCCGCGCACGAGAGAGGACUUGGCUGAGCUUGAGACUGUUUCUUCCACUACGAAGGAUGAAUACAACGGAGGAUUGCCGAGAGCUACGAGUAUGAGACAGAGAGAGAUUCUUGAGACGCGCAGUUGGAGACUUCAAAGGGGGGCAAAUACAGCUGUAUGA